AUGGUGUCUCCUACCAACACAGUGUGGGGACAGUGUGUAACACUGACCUGUAACACCACCUGUACUCUGAGUGACAACCCCAACCCCACCUACAUCUGGUACAAGAACGGCCAACGUGUUCUGGGUAAGACCUGUUUCAACGUGACUUACCUCCAUCAGAGUAUCUGUGCCUUGAAGGGGUCAACAGUGGAACUGCCCUGCACAUAUCAACAUCCAAGUAAUCAUACAGUCUCAGAAUCAAACUGGUACAUCCAAGAGAAACUUGAUGAGGAGCCUAAAAUUCUGAGCUCGGUGCCAGAGUAUGCAGGUCGUGCGGAGUUCGGUGGGGAUAAAGAGAAUGUCUGCACCCUGAGAAUCACAGACCUGAGGGAGAUCGACUCAGCUGAGUACUGGUUCACAUUCAAGACUCAGACACAACGCUAUUGGUAUAAUUUCCUUCAAAGAGAGACACAUGUCAGGCUGUCUGUCACAGGUCUGCAGGUGAAGGUGUCUUCUGCCACGGUGACAGAAGGAAAGGCAGUGUUACUGACCUGUAGAACCACCUGUAAUCUGACUGACAACACCAACCCCACCUACAUCUGGUACAAGAACGGACAACUCGUAAACAACCAAAAUAACUACCUGUUACUAGACCCAGUCAGCGGAGAGGAUGCAGGCAGAUAUUCCUGUAAUACAAAAGGGUAUGAGAAUCUCUACUCUCCUGAAGAGACUCUCACUGUCAUUUAUGCUCCAAAGAACACCUCAGUGUCAGUCAGUCCCUCUGGUGAAAUAGUGGAGCGAAGUUCAGUGACUCUGACCUGCAACAGUGAUGCCAACCCACCUGUGGACAAAUACACCUGGUACAAGAAGAACGUAACCUCACCAAAAGCAUCAGGACAGAGUUACAGCAUCACUAACAUCAGCUCUGAGGACAGUGGAGAAUACUACUGCGAGGCAGUGAAUGAAGUUGGAGCGAAGAAUUCUACAUCUCAAUGGAUCAUUAUAGCAGGGAAACAAACAUCUGUGAAGAAUGCAGCUAUAGGUAUCACAGUGGUUGUUCUGGUUCUCAUCCUCUGUCUCUCUGGCUUCAUGUGGUUCAGGAAGAAGGCCACCACAUCCACCUCUGUCACGAGGGACACAGCAGACAAUGGACAGGUAAACUCAAGCCUUGUUCAUGACAACAUCUCAGGCAUGGCCAUGACCCCUGCUGCAGCACAAAGAGCAGACACAGAUGACCAGGAUGACGUUCACUACGCCAGCGUCCAUUUCUGUAACCAGGAAGUGCCUCUGUACUCUACUGUCCAACUGCCUCGACCCCAGAAAGAGGAUGAUGAUGUCCAGUACGCUGCUGUGAAAUUCAACCGCCCCAGUGCUGCCACCUGACCUCUGGCACAGGCAGCUGAGGAGGACUCCUCCAUGGUUCAUAGCACAGUCAACAAUCCCAGGACCAAGACGACCAGAACAAAAGAAGUCCUGAACACAAGUAGAAGACCUGAACACAAGACGACCUGAAUAAAAGAAGACCUGAACACAACAAGAAGACCUGAACACAAGAUGACUCUGCUUGGGAAUUUUUUUUUUUUUUUUUUUUCAAUCGAAAGCGCAUAGUUGACAAGCAUACAGCACUUGAAUUCUGAAGGUGAUUUAAGCCAACAUCUGCAGCAUUUACCGCUAAUGUGAUCUCUGCAAACAUCAGGAAAAUUGUCUUUAAAAUCUGCAUUGUCGGCAGAACACUCUUUUUACAUUUGACUCUUUAUUACUAAAAAUAUAGUAUACUAUAGGGUUUAAUCUAGUAUACUAUAGGGUCUACUAUAGGGUUUA